AUGGGAACGGAAACGGAUCGGAUCGAUGAUAGAGAAAGAUGGGUAAAUCGGGAAGAAGAGAGAAGAGCGAGAGAUCUGAGGCGAAUCAAUGGGAGAUUAAAUAAAGAAGAAGCAGACAUUGAAGAGGAGCACAAACUAGGGUUAGGGCUAGGGCUUCUCCCUGAGUCGCCGCCAACGAGGAUGACAGGUAAGGCGAAGCCGAAGAAGCACACGGCGAAGGAGAUUCAAGCAAAGAUCGAUGCUGCGUUGACGAACAGAGGCGGAGGAAAGGCGGGAAUAGCUGACAGGACCGGAAAAGAGAAAGGUGGUCAUGCAAAGUACGAGUGUCCUCACUGCAAGAUCACGGCUCCGGAUCUGAAGACGAUGCAGAUCCAUCACGAAUCCAAGCAUCCUAAGAUUCUUUACGAGGAAUCCAAGCUCGUGAACCUCCAUGCGGUUUUAGCUCCAGUUAUUGAGUCGAAACCAAAACCCGGGAUCAGGGGAAGCUUGAAGAAGUAA